AUGGCUUGGUCUUACGCCCCGGACGCUGAGCUGAGCCGGUUGGAUGUGCACUCGGUAGCAUGGCUCGCAGCAUUAAUCCAUCCACGAGCGAUUGCUACCAGGAGAUCAGCCAGCUUGCAGGCACAGCUCGUUGGCACAAGCGGCGAAGAGACAACACUAGUUUUGUUUUGCGCCCUGUGCCUUUGUGCACAGAUUCCUCCGAACCCUGAGGGUUCCGGAGACUUUGGAUCGAGAGCUACCGCAAUGCGGCCCUGCAUGCGAGUAAAAGGAACCGGGCAAGUCGCAACUUCUCUUCUGAGGCUCCGGCAAGAGAACCAGGACCUGGAGCAGGCUCUGACUGAAGAACGGCGGAAGAAGAAGGAGCUGCAAGCCGAUCUUGCUGCGAACAAGGCCGAGGCGGAGAGCUCCGCAGCCAAGGCCCGGAGGGCUAACUUGCGGCUGCAGUUUUCAUUAGGCAUGAAGGUGCCGCGUCGUUCAGUCCUUCAAAACGUGAAGGGUGGCGAGCAGAGCCAGCCGAGCGUAUUCAAGCAACUGCAAUCCUUGCUAGAUUCCACGUUCUUGCGCCGGCGCUCUUGUGACAGGAAGGGGCCAAUGCCAGGAAGAUUGAAGCUGUCUGAGGUCUUCAUGUCCUCCCAGUCCUCCGACAUCUGGGAGAAGUACUUCCGAGAUCGAGAUUGGAUAUCAGCAGAAAACUCUCUGGGAUGCCCAGCGCUGGAACCCUCCGUCCGAACCCAGGGGUUCUUGGAUCUCGGGACAGGCCCAGAGGUGAAUGAGUGCCACCUGUUCCACGGCACCAGCAUGAGAGCAGCUGGCCAGAUACUUCAACAGGGAUUUCGUCUAGACCUUGCUGGGCAAAGCACGCAGCAACGAUUUGGCCCAAAACGGAAGUGCAUGUUUGCGAACGGAGUUUACUUUUCCGAGUGUUCCUCCAAGGCUGAUGAGUAUGCGAAGGAGGGUGCGGUCGGUGCUGUGAGCUCCUUGAGCUCUGUGAAGGGUUUGCGGCUGUUCCCAAUGCUGCUUUGCCGUGUAGUUCUUGGAAGAAUUCUGCGGGUCCAACGCGCCGUUUGGGAUGCCGAUGACCCGCAUGCGCUGGCGAACAAGCUCAAGCGCCAGCGCUGCAAUUCCCUCGUGGGAGACUUGGAGGUUCAAUGUGGAACCUACCGUGAGUUCGUUCUGCCGAAGAUCGAAGGAAUUUGCCCGGAGACGGAGGCGGCGGCCGUUCCGACGAGUCUAAGCGUCGGCGCGAGAAGCUUUGCAGAAGGCUGCCCAGUGUCGGGAGGAGCUUGCGCUCGUCCAAGCAGAGGCAUGGUGCACGAAUUGUCUCCUCAGCUCCGGCUCAAAAAUUUUAGCCGGAGUAGCAUGGGAUGCUUGUGUCAACUCACCCGAAGGGUUGUUGACUGCAAUUCCGUCCGUUAUGCAAGCAGGUUCUGGUGGCCAGUGAGAGUAGUGCCGCCUCGAUCCAGGAGCUACAAGUCUUAUGGUCACUGGGUCAAGAAUGUGACGGUUUGUCUUCCAAAUCAGGUGGAGGGCGAUGAGGAGAAGGCGAGAAGAGGCGAUCUUAGCGACAGCGAUUCGAAUUCGGCAACGACACCUCCUCCGACAACGCCGCGAGAGCCGAAAGGCUCAAUAUUUGCCGGGUUUGGCAAGAUGUCGAUAACGAAUCGCGGCAGUGUUUUUGGUCGUCGGUGGAGCCUGGGGAGUGUUGCCGAGUCCAUCUUUCCAAGUGAUCGUCGAAACUCCGCAAACUCCACUGCUUCCAUUGAUGCGAGAAACAGGUUUGAGAAAGGGUUCACCAUGGUCGAGGAGGAGGAGCUGGGAAUAGCUUUCUGUACUCGCGCAAAGAUGCGACGGAAAGAGGAGCGAAAUAAAGAGAUAUUCACGCUGAUGCAGUGGAUCUGUUCAAAGCUUUCGCCAUCAUCUCCACAAAAGAGCACAACGUGGCAUGUCUUUGUGAGCCGGCAGCUGUCCACCCAUCUCAGAAGCUCUGCCAUGAUCAGCUUCGUGCUCAUCACCUGCAUCUUCGCACUGGAGCCAAUCUGUGUUAGUAGUGAUCAAGGCCCCCUCUUCACUCGCAUAUCAACAGCAGCCUCAGCAUUGGAUGUUGUGGCAACGCUGCACUUCGUGAACUCUUUGCUGUAUCUGUUUGGGUCGAUGGCCUUCCAUGCUCACUUCUGCUGGUGGGACGAGUCGGCUCUAGGUGUUUUCGACAUCACUCCACAGUUCUCUUCCAGGAGAAGGGCCGACUUGAUGCUUUUCGUGUGCUUUCGGCUCAGCCGAAGAAGGCUCGAUCUUCGUAGCUUCCGCGUGCGGCAGAGCGCCUUUCGCGCUCUGGGGCACAUGGCCGCGCUCCAUGAGAGCUCGGCCCCAGAGGAAGAUGAAUCAAGAUAUCACGCACAAGUAACACACGUUUUCCAGGCCCUGUGCACCUACCUGAUUCAGGAGGUCUCCCUGGGCCGGACAGUGCACGUGCCCAACUUAGGUGUCUUCUUCAGCCACUCGGGACCUCCCAGGUCAAUGCGCUUCAAGGUCUUAGAGAAGGUUUUGCCCGCGGAUUUGUGCUGGGAGGGGCCAGGCCCAAGCAUAGGACCCAUCUCGAAGGUCCGGCUUGAGAAGAUUGCAGGGACAGCUGGGCUGCAGAAGGAUGUGGCGGAAGAGAUGGUGCAGUCGGUAGUCAAGGAGUUUUGGACGGCCGUGAAGGAGUCGCCAGAAGUGCAGCUGGAUCUUCCGGGCAUUGGCCAGAUCAAGGUAAAGAGCCAGAUCAUCACCUUCGAACCCUUUGACGCGGACAGCCGCAUUUCCAGCAGCCAUGUCACGGCAGAGCACCACAUGUUCGGCACCACGGGGGCAGAGCUAUUGAAGAGAAUGACCCAGACAACCAGAUCUCAGACCUCCUUAUUUAGACAAGAGAGAGAAAGGCUGCAGACGACCGCGAGUGACACCCUGCUGAGCCCGGAGUCCGCGCCGUCCGUGCCACAAGACCCGGAAGUGAGAACGGGGAUGCGGAAGUCAAGCUCUACUCCUGUGUUGAAACCUCUUCACCAGGAGGCCAGCGUGGGAGAGGUGCCCUUCCCAAAGAAGGGCAGAAAAGACCGAACAAAGCUGGCCUCCUUGAAAGAGGAUGCCGAAGCUCUAAGCCGUCGUUUCACCCGUCAGCUCCCUGUCUCGGAGCGGCUGUUUCCACCUUUGCUCGAUCGCUGCAGCCGGACCAGGUCCGCCUUGUUCCGAGAGGCUGUAGAGCGAGACCAUAUCAGUAAUGUCAUUGCCUCCAACUACUCGCCGCAGGCCCAGGUCCUAACCAUCGACCACGAGGCCCACGUCAACUUAGAGAGCACAAUGAUCAGAAGAAAACCUCCAAUGAAGAAGAAGGAUGGAAAUGACAACGGGCCAGUGGAUGUUCGGAAUGUGGACUGGACUUCCGAAUGGCCUCGUAUCGCAGAGGAUUCCCCCAUUGUUGCAGAACUGGAUUCCGUGGCGCUGUCGAAGACGGAGUUCUGUCGAAUACUAAGCAGGUACAAGCACUACACGGAAGGUGGGGUGCCUUCUGAGGUUCUAGCGCCUUACCAUCGCCAGUGGCUUGAGCAUGCUGUGCUCCUCCUUGAGCUACAAAACCCUGCUCGAUGGCCGUCCUUAUCAGAGGAUGAGCAGGGGCAGCUCAUAGAAGAGCUUCGACACGAGAUCCUGAAAGGCUACAUCCGAGCCGCCAAAACCUCGGUGGUAAAUUAUGCAUUGCUGGAUGACCGGUGCCGUCGGCGACUCGACAUACCUUUCGUUCCAGUUUUGCCGCCGGAAUGGGGACGCCUGACUUACACGGUUCCCGACAUCGGAACUCCGGGUGGGCCACCGGAACACUGGCGUGCAGGCUUGCAGGCUGCGCGGACCUCCUUGGCAAUGCGCCAUGUGCAAAACUCGACCACGGCCCUUCGAUUGGUUGACUUCUGGCUGGAGAACUGCCAGGAGGUGCAGCUUCUGAACUACCCGAGGGCCCACGCGGAGACGUGCGACAUCAACACUUUCUUUGCUUCUCAAAGCUCGGUGCGGGAGACGGGUCUGCAAAGCUUGUCAACUGCUUGGCAACAGGUCAUCCAGAUUGUGUCUGAAGAGCCGGUGUAUCUCCAGGUUGCCCCUGAUGCUGAGACGUCUGCCGAAGCCGUCACGCCGAAGAGCAAGUUGUUGGAAUUGAUCCCCACGGCUCAUCCAGAGAAGAUGGAGUCCCACUUCCACGAGGCUGUGGCAGCCCUCCUCUCACAGCUUGCGCGAGAUGUGGUUGAAGCCAGUCUGCAAGAGUACGUAGUGCUCUUCCAGCGCUUCGCCGGUGAGCCGCUGCAUUACCCCCAAGUCAAAGCUUUGACCAGUGGGGAUAAGUGGCAGGAGGUGAUGUUGGUCAACAAGCUGACAGUAGGACCGCAGGGCACGGACAUCCGCUUCAAGCAUGACUUGGAGUUUGUCAAGGCACGGCUGCUGCAGCCCUACAGGGACUGCACCACCUGCCUCAGAGAAUUCCCUCGACCGGAUGCGAAGUUGAAGGAGACUGUGAACCGUCCACUGUUAUGGCAAGUUCGAGAGGAAGAGGAGCACAUCAAGCGUGGAUUUGAUCGUGUUGAGCAGAUUGUCAAUAUGAACCUCUACAACAUGGAGAAGGCCCUUGAACUCUACGAGCCUUUCACAUUCCUUCUCACUGAAGAUGAGAAACUGCCGGCCUUCUUCGAUGACCAGUCGAACACACGGGAAAAGUUCGCUGCGUACUUGCAGCACCUUCGUGACACCGUCUCAAGGCUCCGGGAGCAGUGCCCAAACUUGCUGCAAGUGCAGAUGAUGCGUGUCGAUGCGGCAGAAGUGAACCAGAAGCUUGAGCAAUGCGCCGACGACUGCAUAGCCAAGAUCUUGCGGUUCCUUGCCAUCCGCAACCAGGACCGCAGCGCACGCCUGGUGAAGCAGUUUGAGCAUCUGAAUCAGCGGAUUAUGCGCCAACCGGAGAACGAGGAACAGCUGGUAGAGCUGGAGAAUGCCGUCGAGGAAGCAAAAGCCAAGAUCCUGCCAAGCCUCCUGGACGAGUACGAGGACAUCAAGGCCUGGCUUUUCCUGACCUGGGACGAGGAGUACCUGCUCACGGAAGAGGACUACAAGGCCAUUUGGGAAGCAUCGGAAUGGAAGAGCUACGGGACAAACAUCGCCGAUCGUGAGAGGGACCUGGAGAUGGACCGGAUGACCAUCGAAGGCAAGCUCACGGUGAGAAGGGCCGAGCUGCAAGAGGAGCUCAACGCCAUUCUAAGCAGCAUCCAGAAGUUCAAAGACAAGGGGCAGAUUCGAUACCUAGACGAGUACCUGGACGAUCUGCAGAGCAUCAAGAAGAACCUUGCCAGUCUGCAGGCCCGAUGUGAGAGGGUGAAUUAUGAGGAGGAGUUGGUGGGUUGGGAGGCCGGAGAAUUCGAUGUUUUCGAUGAGGCACAGAGCGCUCUGGAGCCCUACGACAAACUAUGGAAUCUGGUCCACGACCACCACAAGGCAAACUCCAAGUGGACACGCAGCCCUCUGUUUUCAGGCGAGAUCAAGCCAGAGGAGGUUGAGUCUGAAGUUAACAACAUGUGGCGCUUGUCCUUCAAGCUGAAGGCGCAGUUCGAGCAGGAGCAGAUCACCAAGCCUGCGAAGGUGGCAGAGAAGGUGAAGAAUGAUUUAGACGCUUUCAAGGAGAAUGUGCCGUUGCUGCACGCUCUUUGCAACCCCGGCCUUCGUGAUCGGCAUUGGGCAGAGAUCUCAAACGUGAUCGGCUUCCAGAUGGAACCGGAUCCAAGUCUCACUUUGAACAAGGCACUGGAUCGCGACCUUGGUGCCUACAUUCAAAAGAUUUCGGAGAUAUCGGACAGUGCGGCCAAGGAAUACCAGAUCGAAAGUGGGUUGGAAGCCAUGAUCAAAGAGUGGGAACCAGUUGUCAUGGAGUUCAAGGAUUGGGGUACGACUGGAACCUACAUCGUGUCUGGUUCAUCCAUCGAUGAGGUUCAAACGCUGUUGGAUGAUCACGUCAUCAAGACUCAGACCAUGAAGGGCUCCCCAUUCGCAGCCGAGUUCAAAGAGAGAUUGGAGGAUUGGGAGGCUUACUUGACAGGGGUCCAAGAUGUCGUGGAUGUUUGGCUUAAAGUGCAGGGGGUGUGGCUGUACCUGGAGCCAAUCUUCUCUUCUGAUGACAUCAUGCAGCAGAUGCCCACAGAGGGCCGCCUCUUCCGUGAGGUGGAUGGCACCUGGAGGGACAUCAUGGCCAAAAGCGUAGCCAACCCCAAGGCUCUCGUGGUCUUCAAGCAGCAUAAAUUCCUAGAGAACCUUCAGGCCGCAAACGACAAGCUCGAGACCGUUCAGAAGGGCUUGAAUGAUUACUUGGAGACAAAGCGUCUCUUUUUCCCGCGCUUCUUCUUUCUCUCGAACGACAAUCUUCUGGAGAUCCUCAGUGAGACGAAAGACCCCAAGCGCGUGAACGCCCACGUGAAGAAGUGCUUUGAGGGUAUGCAGAGCCUCCAGUUCGAAGAAAACCUCAACAUUUCUGGCAUGAUCUCACCUGAAAAGGAGACGGUGCCGCUCACCAACAUCGUGGACCCUGUCGCGGCAAACGGAGCUGUUGAGAAGUGGCUUGUCCAAGUCGAGGCUGCCAUGAUCGAGUCCAUCCGGGACCAGAGCUUCCAGUCCAGGGACGACUAUGCAGUCACACCCUUCGUCGACUGGGUGCAGAAGUGGCCUGGGCAGGUGGUGAUUGGCAUUUUCAACUUGUACUGGACUUCGGAGGUCAAUGAGGCCUUGACUGAGAGGGGGAAUGCGGGCCUUUGUGACUACUCCGUGAAGCUGGACAACACAUUGGAUGAGAUUGUGGGCCUCGUGCGGCGCGAGAUCCCGAAACUCGUUCGGUGCACUCUCGAGGCCUUGAUUGUGAUCUUUGUGCACAACAAGGACACAAUCGUGGAGCUCAGUGAGCGUGGCACAUCGGAAGUCACCGAUUUUGACUGGCUCGUUCAGCUCCGAUACUUCAUUGAAGAUAAUCCAGACAACCCCGGUCACGAUGACAUCUUCGUGCGGAUCACCAACAGUUUCCUGGGCUAUGCCUACGAAUAUCUUGGAAACUGUGGGAGGUUGGUGGUGACGCCCCUGACUGACCGGUGCUAUCGCACGUGCUGUGGGGCGCUGCACCUGCUCUACGGCGCGGCUCCUGAGGGCCCGGCAGGAACUGGCAAGACGGAGACAGUGAAGGACCUUGCAAAGGCGCUGGCCCGCUUCUGUGUCGUGUUCAACUGCAGCGACGAGUUGGACGUGAAUGCAAUGGCAAAGUUCUUCAAAGGCCUCGCAUCUUCUGGAGGUUGGGCAUGCUUCGACGAGUUCAACCGCAUCGAUGCGGAGGUGCUAAGUGUGAUUGCGCAGCAAAUCCUGCAAAUCCAGAAUGCCAUCAAGGCCCGGCUCACCUGCUUCGAGUUUGAGGGCACUGCGAACUUGCCCAUCAAGUGGACCUGCAACUGUUUCAUUACCAUGAACCCGGGAUAUGCAGGACGGGCGGAGCUGCCCGACAAUUUGAAAGCCCUCUUUCGAACAGUGGCCAUGAUGGUGCCGGACUAUGCCAUGAUUGCAGAGAUCAAGCUGUACUCAUACGGUUAUGCAGAGGCCCGGCCGCUGUCUCAAAAAAUCGUCACCACUUACAAACUCUGCAGCGAGCAGCUCUCAUCUCAAAAGCAUUACGAUUAUGGGAUGAGAGCGGUUUUCUCAGUGCUGGUCGCUGCCGGCAAUCUGAAACGCAAGUAUCCGAGCGAGAAAGAGGACAUUUUGAUGUUGCGCUCAAUCUGUGAUGUGAACUUGGCCAAGUUCCUGGCCUUUGAUGUGCCGCUGUUCAAGGGGAUCACUUCAGAUUUGUUCCCUGGCGUGGUGCUGCCGGAGCCGGACUUUGGGGCAUUGACCUCCAAGCUCGAGUUCCACUUGCGCCAAGAGCAUUGCCAGCCGCAUCCCUACUUCAUCGAGAAGAUCAUCCAGUUCUACGAGUGUCACAUCGUGCGUCACAGCGUGAUGUUGGUUGGAAUGCCUUUCAGUGGCAAGACGACGGCGCUCAGCUGCUUGCAGAAGACCUUGUCUGAUCUGGCCAAUGAAGGUGUCAUGCAUCCGGGUUGCAUCGUGCACCAGGCACGGCUGAACCCCAAGAGCAUCCCAGCUCCGUGCCUGUAUGGGACUUUCGACGAGGUGUCGAAGGAGUGGGCCGAUGGCAUUGUUGCGGUGCUCUUCAGGGAGUUUGGAAGAAACCAAACGGAAGAACGAAAGUGGUUGGUCUUCGACGGUCCGAUUGAUGCAGUCUGGAUAGAGAACAUGAACACCGUCAUGGACGAGAACAAAAAGCUUUGCCUGAAUAGCGGGGAGAUUAUUGCGAUGUCACCCAACAUGCGCACCAUCAUGGAGCCGAUGGACGUCAAUGAGGCCUCACCGGCAACCAUCUCUCGAAAUGGCAUGGUGUAUUUCGAGCCGCACCUCAUGGGCAUCGACCCACUUGUGGAGAAGAACUUCUUGGGAGAAAUGCCGGAAAGCCUUGAUGAGGAUGAGGCCAAUGAGGUCAGAGCCAUGACUCACUGGCUCUUAAAGCCCUGCAUCAAGUUUCUGCGAGAGGAAUGUGCGGAGGUGUCGCCUACCCAAGACCAGAAUCUCGUGCAAAGCUUUAUGAACAUUCUCAUGUCCCACCUGAAAGACUUCCUGGUUUUGGAUGUAUAUAAGAAGGAAGAGGGUAGCGAGGCGACUGGCAAAAAGAACAUCAUCAACAUGAUUGAUGCCGUGGUGGUCCUGAGCAUCAUCUGCUCAAUAGGUUGCGUCCUGCAAACCAACUCCAGGCCAGAGUUUGGGACCUUCCUCCGUAGUCUACUUCAGGGUAAGAUCGAGGGCAUCUCGCAGUACAAGAAGCUGACACCUGAGUUUCCAGAGCGUGGUUCUGUCUACGAUUGGAUUUUCAUGGCUGAAGAGAUCAAAUGGAUCGGUUGGAUGGACACGGUUGACCCCCAGACCAUCAAGCCCGGCUCAGCCGUCGAAUCCAUCAUCGUACAGACCUUGGACAGUGUGCGCUACACGUAUGUUCUGCAGCACUGCAUUAAGCAUCGCAUCAAGCUGCUUUUCUGUGGUCCUACGGGCACCGGCAAGACCGCAUACAUGCAGCAGUGCUUGAUGGGUCUGCCGAAGGACGGCUUCAACCAGAUCAUGAUGGGUUUCUCAGCUCAGACGAAAUGUGCUCAAACGCAGGAUCUCAUCGAUGCCAAGCUUGACCGCCGCAGGAAGGGUGUGUACGGACCACCCUUCGGUAAGCUUUGUGUUUUGAUGGUCGACGAUUUGAACAUGCCCAACAAGGAGACUUACGGGGCACAGCCGCCCAUCGAAAUUCUACGGCAGAUGAUUGAUGCGAAAGCCUAUCCUGAGACUGGCGGCUGGUUUGAGCGCAAAGAUGUGACGCACCCUUUCUGUAACAUCAUCGAUGUCAUACUGUUUGCAGCCAUGGGCCCUCCUGGCGGUGGGCGCACCUUUAUCACGCCCCGUAUGACGGGCCACUUGUACUUGGUUGGCUUCCCGCUGCUUGAUGACGACAACAUGAAGAUGAUUUUCUCGACGAUUCUGGAUUGGAAGAUGCAAGCAGAUGGUUACCCUGCCGAAGUAACUUCACUUUCCAAAAAGAUUGUUUCAGGCACGUUGGAGGUCUACAAGGCAGCAGUGCAGUACCUGCUGCCCACACCACUGAAGGUGCACUACACUUUCAACUUGCGUGAUUUCGCGAAAAUCAUUUUCGGUGUUUUGCUCAUGAAGAAAGGCGAGUGUGAUGGAGUUGCCAGGCAUGUCCGAUUAUGGGUUCAUGAAAUCUGGCGCGUGAUUGGCGACCGAUUGGUGGUCAACGAGGAUAGGAUGUGGAUGUUGGAGCAGGUUCGAGGAGUGACAAAGAACACCUUUGGUCAAGGCUUCGAUGAGGUGAUGAAGCAUCUUGACCUUGAUGGAGAUGGUAAAGUUACCACACUGGAUGAGAUCCGCACACUCAUCUUUGGAGACAUGCUCUCGCGGCCAGCUGCGCCGAAUCGGCCAUACACGGAAUGUGCUGACAUCCCGACACUCCAAACGACAGUGGAGUCACACCUUGAGCAAUACAAUCUGAUGUCGACCAAGAAAAUGGAUCUGGUUUGCUUCCUCUAUAUGCUGGAGCACCUCUCACGGGUCGCCCGAGUCAUCAAGACACCUGGUGGCAAUGCUCUGCUGGUCGGUGUCGGCGGAUCAGGUCGCCAGAGCUGCUCCCGUUUGGCAUGUUUCCUGGCUGAUUUCGAUGUCUUCCAGAUUGAAAUCGCGCGUGGCUAUGAUCAGCUGGCUUUCCGCGAAGACUUGAAGAAGCUGCUCACGGCUGCGGGCGGCAAAGGUGAAAAGACAGUUUUCCUGUUCUCUGAUUCUCAGAUCAAGAGUGAGGGCUUCGUGGAGGAUUUGAACAAUCUUCUGAACACGGGAGAAGUCCCGAACCUGUUCCCUCCUGAUGAGAGGGUACAAGUCUGCGAAAUGGUGCGAGCAGCAGCUCGACAGGAGGGAAAAGCGCCGGAGGGAACCCCCACGCAGCUUUAUGCAUAUUUCGUUGAGCGGUGUCAGAAAUUGCUUGCCAUCGUCCUUUGCUUCUCUCCGAUCGGAGAUGCCUGGCGGGCACGCAUUCGCCAGUUUCCAUCGUUGGUGAACUGCUGCACCAUCGACUGGUACACCGAGUGGCCUGCAGAUGCGCUGGUGGCCGUGGCGGAGCGUUUCUUGGGCCAGGUGGAGAUGGAGGAUUCAGUCAGACGCAGCUGUGUAGAAAUGUGUUCCUUGUUCCACUCUGAGACUACGGAAUUGGCGGUGGAAUUCAAGAACUCAUUGAAGCGAAUUUAUUAUGCAACGCCCACUUCCUUCCUGGAGCUGAUCCAAACCUUCAAGACGCUGCUGGCUGCCAAGCGCAAGCAAGUCACAGAUCUGAAAGACAAGUACGAGAAGGGCCUUGACAAGAUCCUCACGACCGAGCAGUCUGUUGAGGGGAUGAAGGUGGAGCUCAUCAACUUGCAGCCGAAGCUUAUUGCAAAAAAUGAAGAAGUGGAGAAGAUGAUGGUCGUCGUUGAGGGCGAGUCCGCGAAGACGGCGAAGGUCAAGGAAGCAGUGGCAGCAGACGAGGCUGUGGCUUCAGAAGCAGCCGCCAAAUCCGAAGCUCAGAAGGAGGAAGUGGAGGCAGACCUUCAGGAAGCCAUGCCAGCUCUGAUGGAGGCGCUUGGUGCGUUGGACACCCUCUCCGCCAAGGAUAUAGGGGAGAUCAAGGCCAUGAAGAACCCCCCGGGUCCGGUUAAGCUUGUCCUGCAGGCCGUGUGCAUCAUGAAGGGAAUCAAGCCCAAUCGAGUCAAGGAUGAGUCAGGCAAAAUGGCCGAGGACUUCUGGGGUCCAUCUGUGAAGAUGGUCGGCGAGUCGGACUUCUUGAAGUCUUUGCAGACCUUCGAUAAGGACAACAUCCCACCUGCUACAAUCAAGAAGAUCCAAACGUUUGUGCCGCUGGAUGACUUUCAACCGGCGAGGGUGAAAAGCUGCAGCACAGCUGCGUGGGGGAUUUGCAUGUGGGUCAGGGCUAUGGAGACAUAUGACAGAGUCGCAAAGGUGGUUGGCCCAAAGAAGGAGGCUCUCGCCAUCGCGGAGGCGGAAUAUGCGGAGGUCAUGGAGAAGUUGAACGAGAAAAGAGCUCAGCUUCAGAAAGUCUUGGACGAACUAGCUGAGCUUGAAGCGAAACUGAACGGUCUCAAUGCUGAGAAGGACGAUCUUGCUUACCAAGUUGACCUUUGCAAGAAAAAGUUGGACCGAGCCGAGACGCUGAUCGAGUCCCUCGGCGGUGAGAAGACUCGUUGGACCCAAAACGCUGCAGACUUAGCUGUGGACUACGUCAACCUCACGGGCGAUGUAAUUGUCUGUAGUGGACUGAUCGCCUAUCUUGGUGCUUUCACCCCGGACUUUAGAGAGAAAACCGUGAAGUCCUGGACAGAGCAAUCCCUUGCAAAACAGAUUCCUGGAAAGGAAAAGGUAAGCCUGGAGGAUUGUUUGGGUGAGCCAGUCAAGAUCCGCAACUGGACCAUCUGUGGGCUACCCAAUGAUGCCUUUUCCAUUGAGAACGGAAUUAUUAUCGACAAGUCGCGCAGGUGGCCGCUGUGCAUCGAUCCCCAGGGUCAGGCGAACAAGUGGAUCAAGAAGAUGGAGGAGCCGAACAAGCUUGCAGUGAAGAAGUUCACAGACAGCGACUACAUCCGACGUCUUGAGGGUUGUAUCACCUAUGGGAACCCUAUGUUGAUUGAAAACAUCCUCGAGGAGACGGAUCCUGCUAUUGAGCCAGUUCUGCUGAAGCAGACCUACAAGCAAGGGAACCGAAUGAUGUUGAAGCUCGGGGAGAGCGUUCUGGAGUAUAACAAAGACUUCAAGUUCUACUUGACGACGAAGCUCCGAAAUCCGCAUUACUUGCCUGAGAUUGCAGUCAAAGUCACGCUGUUGAACUUCAUGAUUACAGUGGUUGGUCUUCAGGACCAGUUGUUGAACAUAGUCGUGCAAGCGGAGCGUCCCGAGCUGGCGGAGGACAAGGCACGCCUGGUGGUGGAGGGUGCUGAGAACAAGGCACAGCUGGAGGAGACGGAGAACAAGAUUCUCCACGUGCUGCAGACAUCACAGGGCAACAUCUUGGAGGACGAGACGGCCAUCAACGUGCUCAGCUCCAGCAAGGCUCUGUCCAACAAAAUUGCGGCGAAACAAGAGAUAGCGGAAGAGACUGAGAAGCAAAUCGAUGAGGCACGCUUGGGCUAUGUGCCUGUUGCUUUCAAGACUGCAAUUCUCUUCUUCUGCAUCUCCGAUCUGGCGAACAUUGACCCUAUGUAUCAAUACAGCUUGCCCUUCUUUGUGAGCCUCUUCCUGUCAGCGAUUGAGAAGGCAGAAAAGAGUGAUGAUCUGGAGGUUCGCAUUGAGAACUUGAACGACACGUUCCGCUACACGCUGUACUGUAACAUUUGCCGAAGCUUGUUCGAGAAGCACAAGACCCUUUUCUCAUUCCUUCUGUGCAUGCGCCUUCUCCUGGCAUCCGACGAGGCCGACUACGACGACUACCGAUUCUUGCUCACCGGUGGAGUGUCGUUGGAAGACCCGCCACCCAUACCCGAAAAGUGGGUGCCUGACCGCUGCUGGGGAGAGCUCUUCCGCUUGCACAAGAGCAAGGAGUUCUAUCAAGGCUUCCAUGAAAAGUUUGCAGCGGAGCUUAGCGUGUGGAAGAAGGUGUACGAUGAUGUCAACCCGAUGAAACUUCUCAAAGACGCGGGAACACGGCCCAACUCCAUGGAUGGCUUCAACGAUUUUCAGGACUUGAUGGUCCUGCGGUGCAUACGUCCCGACCGCGUGGUUCCUGCUGUGUUGGAGUUCGUCGCGGGCAAGUUGGGUGAGAAGUUUGUGAAUCCUCCACCUUUUGAUUUGGCCGGGUCCUAUGCGGACUCCAACGCCAUGUCGCCUCUGAUCUUCAUCUUGUCACCAGGCGCAGAUCCAGGAAGCAACCUGUAUCGUUUCGCCGGCGAGAAAGGCCGCGAGGUUGCUUCCAUCUCGCUGGGGCAGGGACAAGGACCGAAGGCGGAACGACUCAUGGACAUCGCUACGAAGGACGGUGGAUGGGUUCUCCUCCAGAAUUGUCACUUGGCAACGUCCUGGAUGCCCAGAUUGGAGAGGUUGUUGGAUGAGAAGGACCCGAAAAAGGUUCACAAGGAUUUCCGCCUUUGGCUCACUUCUUAUCCGUCCAACAAGUUCCCCGUCGCAAUUCUGCAGAAUGGCGUGAAGAUGACGAAUGAAGCUCCCAAAGGCUUGCGGGCUAACAUGACGGGCUCCUACAACAUGGACCCCAUCAGCAAUGAGGAGUUUUUCGAAGCCUGCACCUGUGGCCGGGAGUUCAAGCGCCUGGCCUUCAACCUUUGCUUCUUCCACGCCGUGAUCCAAGAGCGCCGACUCUUCGGGCCGCUGGGCUGGAACAUCGCCUACGAGUUUACCGAGAACGACUUGCGCAUCUCAGUUCGACAGUUGCAGAUGUUCUUGGAUGAGUACCCAAAUGAGGCGCCCAUCAAGGCUCUGAACUACUUGACGGGCGAGUGCAACUACGGCGGGCGCGUUACGGAGGCCAUGGACCGACGGCUGCUAGCCACGCUCCUGAAAAGCUACUACUGCCAUGAGGCUUUGGAGGAUAGCUUCAUCCUCUAUCAGGAAUCAGAUGGUCCAACAUACCAGCUACCACCCGACGGCGGGUACGAAGUGCAUUUAGAGCACAUCCGCAGCCUUCCGUUGGUGACUCCGCCGGGUGUUUUUGGCUUCCACGAGAAUGCUAACCUCACGAAGGAGAUGGGAGAGACCUAUAACAUGAUGCGGGAAUUGCUGCUCACAGCGGGGUCUGGAAGCAGUGGGGGUGGUUCGUCCCCCGAUGUAGUUGUGGGAGAUAUUGCCAAGGAUGUGUUGUCACGGCUGCCGGAGCCUUGGGAUGUUGCGAAGGUUCAGGAGAAAUACCCGACCCUCUACGAGGAAAGCAUGAACACGGUGCUGGCUCAGGAGCUGAAGCGCUUCAAUGGAUUGCUGAAAGUCAUCCAGAACUCUCUCAAGGACAUUCAGAAAGCAGUGAAAGGUCUUCUGCUUAUGAGUGCGGAGCUCGAGACGGCCUUCUUCGAGAUUUUCGAUGGCAAGACCCCAGCCAUGUGGCUGAAGCAUUCUUAUCCAUCCCUGAAGCCCCUCGGCGGCUAUGUCAACGACCUCGUGGAGCGACUAAAGUUCUUCCAGAAGUGGGUGGAUAACGGAGCGCCUGUCAUGUUCUGGUUCAGUGGCAUCUACUUUACGCAGGCCUUCACAACAGGAGCCUCGCAAAACUUUGCCCGAAAGUACCAGAUUCCUAUAGACACUCUGACUUUCGACUUCUUCUAUCCCAAGGAGCAGGAAUUUUCUGUGAAGCCUGAUGAUGGAGUCUACACCUACGGGCUUUUCUUUGAAGCUUGCCGUUGGGAUUGGAGUGGGUGGAAGCUGGCGGAGUCCGAGCCGAAAGUGCUGUAUGCCAGUGUUCCGCUGAUCCACCUCAUGCCAUGCGAGAAGACGAAAAUCCGUGACUUCCCUCACUAUGAGUGUGCUGCAGACUUCAACAAGCGAUCAACAGUGAUGGACUUCAAAGCGGUUGAGUGUGCGUUCCAUUUGAAGAGUCUGUCUCUGGACUUGCUGGCUUUCUUUGGUUGGGUGGCAGAGAUGGUGCAUCUCGGCCAGUCAAGUUCAGCGGUACCGAGCGUAGUGCUAUGGCUGAUGCUGCUGCAGCUCAUUAAGCUGUGGCGCUUCGUUGUGCCAACGACUUUUGUGUUGGACAGCCGGGCAGACUCUUUCGCCCGUGGGCUUGCAAGCUCAUUCUUUCUGCUGGUCUUAAUGUCGCAUUUGGCUGGAGUCGUGCUCCUGGCUCUUGCCGCGCAAGAGCGGGCUGCAAACACCCAGAGCUGGAUCGACAACAUGGUGGCUGCGGGCGAAAGCUGUAUAGAACUGUACGAGGAGGCGUUUUAUUUCAGUUCACUGAGUGUUACUUCAGUGGGGUAUGGUGAUGUUCUGGUGACUCCAGCAGAGAGAGGUCUCAACUCCUUCCUGCUGAUCCUCGGCCAGCUAUUCGUGGCGAAGGUAUGUGCGGACGUCACUUGGCUGACGUCCUUGCACAACAUAGAGGAGACAAAGAAUCAGUCGCAAAAAGCGCAAACAUCGGUGGCGCUUCGCCAUCUCCAGGUGCCUGGCUCGUUGGAGGAACGCGUGCUGGCGUAUCAAGACUUUGUGCAGCAUGUUCACCGAGAAGAAGAUCUCGACCAGCCUGCAUUUCACGGAUUGUCCACACCACUGAUUCAGGAGCUGCGGCUAGCCGCGUACAGGAAACUGAUCUUGAAGGCUCCCUUUCUCAGGGAGCAGAAAAAGCAUGUUAUUUCUUUGAUGGUUAAUUCAUUGUCUGACCUGGUCUACUUGCCUGCGGAUUUCAUCGUGUGCAGCGGUGAUACCGGCCGCGAGCUCUUUUUUAUGCGGCGCGGAAUGGCAGGCGUCUAUCCCAGUGGUCCGGAGUGCCCACCAGUGUGGGGAGAGUCCUCAGAAGUGGCGGAAUACACGGCCGGCAAGUACUUCGGUGAGCUCGGGAUGCUUACAGCACGCCCGAGAGCAGCAUGGAUUAUGGCCAAGACAUAUUGCGUCCUUUCAGUGCUCCCUUAUCACACCGUGGAGAUCAUGCGGGACGAGUACCCCGAGGCCUUCACAACCUUGGUUCAAUCAAUGGUGCGAGUCUUCAAACUGGAGCCGUCAACAUCGUGGCAACACGUUGCGGAACGACUGCUCAAGAAAGUGAAAGUCUGCAGCACAGAGGAAGCCUUCGAGUGGUUCUGUGAUCAGGGCAACGGCCCUGAUGUGAUGCCUGGGGAGGAGCCAAUCUUAAAGGCCAAGUCCUUCGAGUGGGUGUUGAAGUAUCUUGGUGUCAACGAAGCCGACAGGAUGAUCCUGUGGGCAGAAAUGGACGCUGACAACACCGGCCAGGUCUCCCGCCAAGAAUUCGAGGAGAAGCUGGACAUUGACUGGGCUUUGGAAAGACAAAGCAAGGUGCACGCCGAGCAAAACUCGCUGCUUCGGAAGUCCAACAGCAUGGCUGCCUCCAGUGGUGGUGUCGUUUCGCCUGGGAUUUCCAGCACUCAGCGAUACCGGGGUUCAAAGGAUCGUGUGGCGCUUGGCGACGCGAGCAACAAAGAGGAGCUCCAUGACUUGCUGCGGGACACAGUCCGUCAGAUUGCAGAUGAGUACCUCUCCUCGAUGCCAUCGGUGCGCAGAGGCUCAUCCCAUCAUGCAGAUCCUCGCAUGCGGCCGCCAACCACCGGUGCAGCUUGCUUGCUGUUCGACAGUACUCGAGGGUUGUUCCUGUGGCAUGUUGCAUACGCACGCAGCUCUGCCCGAGGCCCACCAUACGCACUCGCAGUAGUCGCACCUUGGCAUUCAAGUAGAGCCGGCUGCAAUCGCAUGGCGCUGGCAUGGUUGCCCAACUUGUGGCAUUGCAAGAGUGCUCUUUAUUUCAACCCGAGUUCUGAGGCGAGCGGGACUUGCGACAGCUUUGCUGUUGAGCGGAGAAGCGGAAAACAUCAAAGGAAGGGCUAA